AGGUUCAGAGAAUCAUGUGUUUGGUUAAUUACAAUUUUGUAAUUAAAAACUAUCUUUGACAACAAAACAGACAAAUCUAUGACACUAUCCCCAAAUUAAUAUAUAUCACUAUAAUAAAUUAAAAAGAAGCAUAUUGUUUUCUGUGCAAGAUAUGACUAGGACGUCUUUAAAAAUCAAUGACCAAUCACGAGGAAAUUGCGACGAUAAUAAUUUUCAUAUAAUUUACAAAUGAUUUAUCAAGGUUAUAACAUGGUAUUGUUUAAUUGCCAUACAAGCUGUGUUGUUUAUAGAAAAUAAUUGCGCUUAUAGGAAGAGCACGUUUCGAUAUCCUUUCAUCAUGUACGAACAAACAAAUUAUGCACCCUCGAAAAGAAACUAUCGUACUUGCGAUAAUAGAAACAUCAACCCAGAUGAAAUUACCACAGUUUAUAAACAUCCAGAUGUUACUUAUAUCUGUGAAUAUAUAAAAGACAAAUUCUAUUUUGCAACGUUAUACAACGGUCGAAAGGAUGUAAAAAGCACAUCUAAUAUCCAUUUCUUUACAAUCGAUGACGAGCUAAUUUACAAUAAUUUUUACUACGAUUUUGGCCCUUUAAACCUCGCCUGUUUAUACAAAUACUGCUGCAAAGUAAGUAAGAAGCUCGAGAGCCCAGGAAAUGAGCAUAGACAAAUCGUGCACUAUACAUCACAACGAGAUCACAAAAGGGCAAAUUCCGCAUACCUGGUUGCCUCUUACGCGGUAUUAUACCUGAACAAAAGUCCAAGAGAAGCUUACAACAUUCUUUUUAUGGGAGGUGAAAUUCCUAUAAAGCCAUUUCGAGAUGCAUCUAUGGGAUCAGCAAUUUAUAGUAUACAUUUGUCAGAUUGUUUGAACGCUCUUAAAAAAGCAGUUUCCUUCGGCUUUUUUAAUUUCUGCGACUUUGAUGUGGUUGAGUAUGAAAAGUACGAGGACAUGAGAAACGGUGCUUUGAAUUGGAUGGUACCGCAAAAGUUCCUGGCUUUCGUUGGUCCAAGCACGGAACCAGGCACACCUUAUCAUCCACCUGAGUGCUACAUUGAUUACUUUUUAAAGAACGAAGUCACAGCCGUGAUCAGAUUGAAUAAGAAAGCAUACAGUGCAUCGAGAUUCACCGACGUAGGGAUCAUGCAUUACGAUAUGUUCAUGCCAGACGGCACGGUACCACCGAGAAGAAUACUGAAUGAAUUUUUGCAACUAAGCGAAAAUACCAGCGGUCCGAUAGCAGUUCAUUGCAAAGCUGGAUUAGGAAGGACAGGUUCAUUAAUUGCCGCAUAUUUAAUAAAGCAUUAUAAAAUGACGGCAAGAGAAGCUAUUGCCUGGAUAAGGAUUUGCAGACCUGGUUCCGUUAUUGGACACCAACAAGCCUGGUUAGAAAAUAUAGAGAAAAAUUUGUUGAACGCUGGUCAACAAUAUAAACUGAAGUAUUAUGGCGAUGGCGAUGUAAUAUUGCACCAUAAACGCGGAAUAUAUUCGAUCGCAGACAAGUUGGAAAAGAAAAUACACUAUAUGCCUGAUGGAGGGUGCACAGAACCAAACUACGAUAGUCUACCAAUAGAGAAAAAAGGCAAAACGAAAUUUACGAGAAUUUUAGGAAAAUUAAGAAAUUUCCGCGGAACAGACGAUUCAGAACGAACUCCACAGAAAUACAGGGCUACGGAUCCAUAUAUUAUGACACAAGGAGAUAGACUGAACGAAAUCAAAAUGAACAAAUUCAAACCAUCUCGAACUUCAGAGUCGCGACAAAAGAACUGCAUCUCUUACGGAUUGGACGCUUUGAAAAACGCACGUCGAAGGAAAUAAGACAAGGUCCACGGUAUCAACUUUACGAAAGGCUCAGGUAAACAAAAUACGCAGAUCGAUGUUACGUCGUACAAAUGUCUUAUCUUGAUCCGUAAACAUUUUUUUACUAAGAAGAUCUGGCUUCAUCGAUGACUCUUAACAUAGGAUCUUCGUGGAUCGAGAAAGAACGUUACCAAAAUUAUGGAAAUGUAUCUACUGAACUACAUAUACAUACAACUGCAAGAUUGCGAGGAAACAAAAUACAAUAAAUAACACGUUCAAAAAUCACGUUAUUGUUUACCAACUACGUAUCUCACUAAUACGUAAACAUCGAUAAAUGACAUGGCAAGAGGACUUUGCAACAUUACAACAUUCUUAUUAACACAGUUCAAUUUUGUCGCCUGACUCGCAAAAAUAUUCGUCCGCUUGUAGAUACCUUUCAUGAAUAUUAUCAUGUGUGUUAUGUGAAAUAUUUUGAAA